UACCCCAUACUGCUGCUUCUCUCUGUUUGUUGGUUGUUGCCCAUAUUAUCAUUUCUUGGCCCCCCCAACAUCACCUCUCCCUUCUCCUCUUUAUCUAUUUCCAUUUGCAUUUCCAUUUCACUCCUUUACAUCACAUUUCUAGCCACCCUCUCAUCAUCACCAUCAAGCUCAAACCAACAAGAAGAGAGCUAGCUUUUGGUACUAUUAGCCACUAGUAGAUAGCCAAGAAGAAACCAAGAAAUUCUUUGAGCUAUCUAAUUAGCUAGGUCCAUUGAUUCAUCAUCAUCUCCAUUGAUCCACUUAGCUUUGAAGAAGAAGAAGAAGAAGACAUUUAGUUAGCUAGCUAUAUUGAGGUGAGGUGGCGGCGGCAAUGGCGGCGGACCUGGCCUUCGAGGCGACCGAGCUCCGGCUCGGCCUGCCCGGCGGCGGCGGUGAUGGAGACGCCGCGGCGGCGGCGGCGAGGAGCUCCUCCGGGAAGAGGGGCUUCGCCGAGACCAUCGACCUCAAGCUGAAGCUGGAGCCGGCGGCCGCGGCGGUGGACGACGACGACGACAAGGAGGAGGCGGCGGCUGACGACCGGGAGAAGAAGGUCGACAUCGUCGGAGCUGACAACGACGACGCCUCGCCGCCGGCCGCCGCCGCCGCCGGCGGGAUGAAGCGGUCGCCGAGCCAGAGCAGCGUCGUCACCGCCGCCGCCGACCCCGAGAAGCCAAGGGCUCCCAAGGCACAGGUGGUUGGGUGGCCGCCGGUCCGGUCAUACCGGAAGAACAUCCUGGCCGUGCAGGCCGACAAGGGCAAGGACGCCGCCGACGGCGGCGGCGACAAGUCCGGCGCCGGCGCCGCCGCCGCCGCCUUCGUGAAGGUGAGCAUGGACGGCGCGCCAUACCUGCGCAAGGUGGACCUCAAGAUGUACAAGAGCUACCUUGAGCUCUCCAAGGCACUCGAGAAGAUGUUCAGCUCCUUCACCAUUGGAAACUGUGGGUCUCAUGGGGUGAACGGCAUGAACGAGAGCAAGAUUGCUGAUCUGCUCAACGGCUCUGAAUAUGUGCCAACCUACGAGGACAAGGACGGCGACUGGAUGCUCGUCGGCGACGUCCCAUGGGAGAUGUUUGUUGAAUCAUGCAAGCGCCUUAGGAUAAUGAAAGGAUCAGAAGCUAUUGGCCUUGCACCGAGGGCAAUGGAGAAAUGCAAGAACAGAAGCUGAGAAAGAAGAACAUGUCGCCAUCAAAAACGGAUGGAUCAUCAUCAGAUGCAACAAUCUAUCUAUAGCUUUUCUUAAUUGCAGCUUUGCCUCAUCCCUGUAUCAUACUCGCUUGCUGUCCUCAUCUCCAAGUCUGUACCUUUCCUGAUCAGUGAAAGUCAUUUUGGUGUUGUGGUCAGUUUCUGUUCUGUUGCAGUCAUUAAGUUCCUAAGUGUGUCAUCUUGUCUUAUACAUAAGAAAGAAGCCAAGAACAUGUACCAGUAGUACCUGUCCCAUAAUUAUGUCUUUUUUGCUCUCCCUGUUCUUCCCUUUCUCUCUGUUUUUUUUUUACCUUAAUGGCACAAAAUGUAAAGGCACCCUGCUCAAAGGGACCUCAAUGUAUUUUGUCCAUGAAAAGGUUGUUUAAUUAUCUUCAUGGUGUAUCCAUCAAACAAAUAAUUAUUACUGCAAGGUGUUAUGUGUUAAUUAAUUGUAUUGUAUGA